GCAAGGGUACAUACGGAGCCGUUUCCGCCUUCCGAGAUGAUCGGACGGGGGAGGAGUUUGCGGUGAAAAAGAUCCCGAACCCAUGUAGAAACACAGUCGAGGCCAAGCGAUGCUUGAGAGAGAUCAAGCUGCUGAGCAUGCUGGAGCAUGAGUGCAUCAUCAAGCUUGUCAAGGUCCUUGAGCCACCUUCUACUGUGUUCACCGAGGUUUACCUGGUGACGGAGCUCAUGGAUGCAGAUCUGCACACGGUGAUUUGCUCGGACCAGCCCCUCAGCGAAGACCACGUGCAGUUUUUCAUUUACCAGAUCUUGCGGGCUCUGCUGUACUUGCAUUCUGCCAAUGUGGUGCACAGGGAUCUGAAGCCUCUGAAUGUUCUGGUAAACAAGAAUUGUGACAUCAAGCUUUGCGACUUCGGUCUCGCCAGAGGACGGGCGGGCUUCGAUCAGGACGAUGACACCUGGCUCCGGACGGAGUACGUGGGCACCCGCUGGUAUAGAGCGCCGGAGGUUAUCCUCACCUCCAGGGAGUACACGGCGGCUGUAGACAUGUGGAGCGCAGGAUGCAUCCUCGGAGAGCUCAUUAGUCGGGCACCCAUGUUCCGUGGGGCGGACUUCUUAGACCAGCUGCGGUCCAUUUGCGCCAUCGUGGGAACCCCGGAGGAGUCCGAACUCUCCUUCAUACCGGAGGAAAACCAGGCGGCCAGGAACUUCCUGAGAACCAAGUACCCGGGUCUCCCGCGCCAGAACUGGAAGGCGAUGUUCCCGCAUGCAUCUGACACCCAGUGUGACCUCCUCGACAGGCUUCUUCAGUUCGACCCGAACAAGCGUCUCACGGCCCACGAUGCCCUGCGGCACGCUUACCUGGAGGACCACCACGACGAGGAGGCAGAGGCCAAAGUCACUCAAGGCAUGCCGCCGCCUACGGUGAGCACCAACGGUAAGACCAUUGAUGCCAGCGGGUUCUCCGACGCCGUCUUUCCGCAUCAAGUGCAAGGUGAUGUCGUAUUCACCAGCCACGGUCUGGGUCCUGUGUACGGCAAGAGAGGCAAAGCGUGUUUGUACUCGCAGACGAAGUCUGGUAUGGCUGGGUUGAACGCGCAGUUCAUCCUCGACGGGGAAAAAGUUGAAGCAGGACUUCCGAGUGGCAAGACUGCAGAAGAUUUCAUCCUCAGGCCCAUCAAGUCCAUCCAGGUGGGAAGUGCCAAAAGCUCCGGCUUCAAUGGUGACAUCGGCGAUGUAGAGAUUCAUGCGGGCUAUGCCAACCAGCUGGCCUAUUCGGACAUCACCCGUAAGGGCGACGGCCUGCCGGGCAAAGCGACUUACGAUGACCAAGAUGUCACGGCCUGCGACGGGAAGUGCACCAAGGUCACGACCUACUCCGGCUACUACUGCAAAGUCACAGCGAGUGAGACGAAGAAGCAAUGUCUAGCUGUCGGCCCUGUCUGCUCCAUUCCCAGCUGCCCCGGCUUACAGAGUCCAGACAAGGACGUGUCUUAA